AUAAAGAAGAAGGAAAAGACAGUGUAAAAGAAAGAAAGUAAAAGAGAAGCGCGUGAAGAAUGAAGGAGGUGGAGUGCUGCAUUAAAGAAGAACACAGAAGUCUAUGAGUAGGAGGCAUCACAGUCUGAUAUGAAGUUGAAACUUGGAGCCCUAAUAUUUAAAACCAAACCCCAAAUCCCUAUGCAAAUUUCAACGUACCACUACACGACAAUAAUCAAUUGCAGCCCUUCAAUAUUUAAUUAUUACUUUCUAAAACCCUUUUAUUCAGAUUAGGAUGUGAUCAUAUUCACAUCGUCAUAUGUCAAUGUCACCAUAGAAAAAAGGUUACUUCAUAAAUGGAUUUUAUUUCAAGGUACCCUUUUUCUUUUCACCCUUUAACGUUAAUGAUGAUAAUAAAAUAAUAUUUUUUGAUAAUGGAGAAUUGAGAAAGCUGGUGCUGUGGCCUGUGGAAGGUGAGUGGUGAGAGAGUACACUUUGAGUCUUGAAGUUGAACUUAAUUGACUGUGUUAAUGCAGAGAUAGAAACAUAGAUACAUAUAGAUAUAGAGAGAGAGAGAGAGACAGAGAGAGUUCAUAGUUUUUCAAGCCUGUGGCUUUGUACUUUAAAGAGAUCAGAUGCAACACAAGCAAAGGGUGAUGAAGUGGAGGAGUGUGAGACAAUAGUGGGGUACCACUUUCAGUUUCAGCUUCUGUUUCAGAUUGAGAGUUUCUUCUUAGCUUUUAAGUACAUACAUAUGUACAUGCACAGCUUUUGGUAAACACUCUAAACAAGGCUUGAUCCAUUGAGGAAAACGAUGAAGAACUUAAAUGAGAAAGCCUCUGGUUCUACCCAUUUAACAGCUCCUUAUGCUCUUGGAUGCUCGUCAUGGGGGGCUUCCUCUGAAUCUGAUGUUCAACAAUCAUCCAUGUCCAGAGGUUUGACCUUGAAAAUGGGUGUUCUGCCGCAGCAAUGCCAUAAGACUAAGCCAUUGAAUUUUCAAUAUCAAGAUCGAGAUUCUUCUUCAUCUCAAUCAACUGGUCAGUCUUAUCCGGAAGUUGGUUCAGCGCAAUCAGGUCAAUUUUCAGUCCAGUGUAGCAAUUCUUCUGCUUGUUCGACACUUAACACAACUGGGAGAAAGAGUAUAGAAGGUGUAAUCAGGUCAUCUGUUCGGGGUCAGGAUUUUACCUUCCCUCCUUCACAAAUGUGUCAAAACCAGCCACAUGCUCAUACUGCAUUCCAUCUUGCUGAGCCAUGCUUUAGUGGCCUACUAGCUUCUCCAUAUGGCCCACAACCUAAUAUUCAUCCUGCUCAACUGAUAGGAAUGGCUACUGCUAGAAUUCCUCUGCCACUUGAUCUUAGUGAGGAGCCUAUAUUUGUGAAUGCAAAACAAUACCAUGCUAUUCUGAGGCGCAGACAAUACCGGGCAAAACUUGAUGCACAGAACAAACUCAUCAAAGAACGGAAACCAUAUCUUCACGAGUCUCGCCAUCUACAUGCAUUGAAGAGAGCUAGAGGUUCUGGUGGUCGCUUCUUGAAUACAAAAAAGCACGAAGAGUCUAAACCAACUUCACAUAACCAUGACAUAGAUGUUUCAAGGUGUACUAAUUUGAAUCUGAGGGGAAACAUGUCAGAAUCUAAGGCUCGUCUAAUGGAGAAGUUGAACUACAGAGAUGGUGCCUCCACAGCCACCUGUUCAGAUAUUUCUAGUGCAUCUAAUAGUGGUGAUCUCUUCCAGCAACAUCAACCUGACAUUAGAUUAUGUGUUUACCCUUCUCAUAUUGGAAGGAACAUGCAGGGUUACUCUCCUGAUAUCAAUGGUGGUGGUGGUGGUGGUGGUGCAAACCAGCAUCGUCUAUCAGUCCUUAUGUGACACACCAGUAAGUUAUUUUCCAGCAUUCUGUUGGAGAAGACAAUUGCCUGUGUUCCAUAGGGAAGUCAUCCUUGGCUCAUAUAUUACUAUGUGUAUUGGUUGUCCUAGAACAUGGCUUUGGACCUUUGCUAGAUUUCAAUUAUCAUAUAUUGUUGCCCUGAAAAUGUUUGGGCAGAGAAGCACAUUUGACUGACUAGUCACAGCAAUGUUUCUUUGUGUUGAUGUCACAUUAGAAAAUUUCAUUUUGACUUGUAUUUUGAUUGUGGUACCUAUUUUUCCUUUUUUAUGUUGAU